AAUACAAAUCUCAACCAUUGUUACAGACUGGUAAGCGCACGAAUCCAAUCUCGGUAGUAAUUUCAUUUCCUGCGAUGUUUAAACGACCUUUAAGGACUAUUUAUAAAUUAAAAUAAAGUAGAAAAUACUCUUUAUCUGAAUAGAAACAUAUGAUUUAAGAAAUAAUCUUAGUUUCCUUGGUUUCAUCAUAGUCUACAUUGUGAUCAUUAAUUAUCAGUGAAUUACUAUCCCACUAAUCAAUGUAGAUAAUAAAUAUUUAAGCCAACAUAAGCCUUUUAGUAAACUCUAUAGGUUGUAAAACAUCUCGCUAAACUUCCUCUUAUGUGAUUCAGCCUCCGUCACAUCUACAGCUAUAACUAUACCAUUAAGGACACACAAUAUGUCCUCUCCAAUCCCAAUCCAAUCUUCGGGGGGGACGGUGGUCUGGCUUUUGGCCACCUUCCCCACGACACCUGGUAAACGAUACAGCUUCUCUGCAAGUCUCUGCGCAUGCGUAAUAGCCUGCCAAAAUCCCAACGCCGUCUCGCCUGUCAACCAAUAGUGUUCCAAUCUGUCCAGAGAUAAAGACGGAGCAGCGUGGAGAGGAGUGAAGUGAAGUGGAGGAUUUCAGACCUGAAAGAAGGAAAACAUGCCGAGGUCUUUCCUGGUGAAGAGUAAAAGGGCCCACAGCUACCACCAGCCCCGCUACCUGGACGAUGACUACAGUAGACUGGACACUAUACUAGCUCACGUGGGCGCAGAGAGCAAAUCUCAGGCGGAGUUUGAGUCCAACUUGGAGCCGCAGGAGGAUGUGAGCGCCGGCGCUGACAGGCUGUCCCCCGGGUCCAGGCUGCUGUCCCCGGGGUCGCUGUCCUCCAGCUCCCCGCUGAGCUGCGGAGGCAGUGUGUGCGACCGAUCCUCCGACUGUGAUUUCUGGCGUCCCCCGUCUCCCUCCUCCUCACCAGAUUCAGAGAAAUGCUCCACUCCGGCAGCGGAGGACGGUCACCACUUCAACAUCCCGCUCUUUCCUUACUCCUGGACGGCGUACUCCGGCUCUGAGCUGAGGCAUCUGGUUCAGGGACCGUACCAUCACCGCCUCCAGGGCCACAGGGAGCCUCACUCACCCGGUAGCAUCUACGGCGCGGAGGACAGCGGCACCGAGCCGCUUUACGCACAGCGGGGCCCGGUGGCCGGAUGCUACCAGGACUAUUCUUCAACGGGACACCAAACCUGCAGGAUGCGGGACGGAGACGAGCUGUAUCGGGAUGUAAAGCAGAAAGCCCGCGGCGCGGAAAUCAAGACUGAAAGUGACUUUAUUUGUUCUAACGUCGAGUCAAGUGGAUCAUAUAAGUGCAUUAAAUGUUGCAAGGUGUUCUCCACGCCCCACGGGUUGGAGGUCCACGUGCGGCGGUCGCACAGCGGGACACGCCCGUUUGAGUGCGGGAUCUGCGGGAAAACCUUCGGACACGCAGUGAGCCUGGACCAGCACAGAGCGGUUCACUCGCAGGAGCGAAGCUUCAGCUGUAAAAUCUGCGGUAAAAGCUUCAAGCGCUCCUCCACGCUGUCCACGCACCUGCUCAUCCACUCGGACACGCGGCCUUAUCCGUGCCAGUACUGCGGGAAGAGGUUCCACCAAAAGUCGGACAUGAAGAAACACACCUUCAUCCACACAGGUGAGAAGCCGCACAAGUGCCAGGUGUGCGGAAAGGCGUUCAGUCAGAGCUCCAACCUCAUCACGCACAGCAGGAAACACACAGGCUUCAAACCUUUCGGCUGUGACCUCUGCGGGAAAGGUUUCCAGAGGAAAGUGGACCUGAGGAGGCACAAGGAGACGCAGCACGGACUCAAAUGAGCAGACUCGGAUGCUGGAAUCCUGCACUUUUAAUGUACUCCGACUGUACAUGUGGACGCUCCUGUUUUAUUUUAUUCUAUGGUUUGAUGCGUUGACCUUCUUUUUCCUAUUGUUGAAUGUAGUUAAAUACUUAGCCUGAGAUAUUUUGGUUGAUUUUAUGGAAAUAAACAUUUAUUUAUCGAGUUUGUUUUUACAUUUAUUAUAUUAAUAAUAAUAAUAAAAAACCUAU